CAUUGGCGCCCAUCAAGUGCAUGCACCUCUUCUCUCUCUCUCAAACGCUCUGUCUUUGCCAGUGUGUGUAUAAAAACCCAAACACUUCGCUCUCUUCAUUCUGUCCACGCCCCUCAGCUUCUUCUUAGAACUUCACUCUCAUUAGCUAAAUCUCUACUCCUCCUGUUUGUGUUUGUGGUUGUGGUAUUUUGUUUUCUCCGAGUUUCUUUCAUGGAAGGAAUUAAUAGGUGUUCUUCUAAUUCAUCCACUUCCUCCGACUCUUCCUCUACAGAUUCUUCUUUAUCCAGUAAGGCACCCAGAGAUUGUAAUAAACCAGAUAGGAUCAAAGGUCCUUGGAGCGCCGAAGAGGACCGGGUUUUGACUCGCCUUGUCGAGCGUUAUGGCCCCAGAAACUGGUCCCUCAUUAGCCGUUACAUUAAGGGUCGGUCGGGGAAGUCGUGCCGGCUCAGGUGGUGCAAUCAGCUGAGCCCCAGCGUGGAGCACCGGCCAUUCUCUGCGGCCGAGGACGAGACCAUCUUGGCAACGCAUGCCCGGUACGGGAACAGGUGGGCCACCAUUGCCCGCUUACUCCCGGGUCGGACCGAUAAUGCCGUGAAGAACCACUGGAACUCCACCCUGAAGAGGCGGGCCAGGGGUGGGCAAGACAUGGACGGUAAUGGCGGCGGAGGCGGUGGCGGUCACGACGGGUGUGCCUCCGGAUCCGUGCAGUGCAUGGGAAUGGGGGAGGACGACGACCCGUUGACCGCGUUGACUCUAGCGCCGCCAGGGAUCGGCAGUAGUAGAGGUGAAUUUUCGGUGACGGAACGACGAACGGAGAGUAUGCCGCCGGGUUUUUGGGAUGUUAUGAGGGAUGUGAUUGCGAGGGAAGUGAGAGAUUACGUGAGCACGACCAUGUCAGAAAACUCGGGUUUUCGCUGAACGAUGGAUGUCUUAGUAGAUCGGGUAUCGGGUCGACGUAAUGCUAGCUUGUGGGUAGUUGGUUGGAUUGAUUUUUGCUGUUUAAUUUGUUAAUAUAAUUUUCAAUUUUUCCAAAAGGAAAAAAGCUCCAAAAACAAAGCAUUUAAUGACUUAAGGCUAAAAAAACUCAGCAUUUAACAAAAUUAUUAUUAUUAUUAGAUAAUAGUUGGAGGGUGAGCAUCUUAAAAUCAUUAUAAAGGCUUGAGUGCAUUCGUCA